UCAAAAAAAAAAAAAAAGUGGAACAUUAGAUGGUGAGUUUACUUUUCUUUUGGUUAUUAAUGCUUCUACUCAUGUGGGUGAUUUUAGCUUGUUUAAAACAGUCCAUGGGGAAGUCUUGGAAAUGGAUUGAAAACCAUAUACAUGACUGGAAUGAAUUGAUCCGUAUGUAUGCUUAAAUAGAAAAACUGAAAGAUGCACACAAUGUGUUCGAUAGAAUGAGUCUUAGAAGUUUUUUUUUUAAAUGGAAUAUUAUAAUUUCAGAUUAUGCUUUCUACUACAAUUGCAAUGUGUUCAUGUUUAUGCUUUGCAUUUUGAUAUGUCCUAUGUAUUGGUUCUAUUCAUUUAUGGCCGCAAAAUAGUGAAAUCUACUGCAGAUUGCUUAUAUUGGAGAUAUAAAUAUUGAGAUGUUCUAUUUAAAGAGGUUUAUUUCGGUUAGUAAUAAUUUAACUUUAAUUUUGGACAACAAUCUUACUGCAUAAUCCAACAUAUACUUCUUUGAAUUUCUUGGACCAAUUUUUUUGAGAAUGAAAUUUACCAAAUUUGUUGCCUUAAAUUUCAUAUGUACAAUCCUUUUGGUAUCUUAUGUUUAAUUUGCAGUAACCAACAUUUAUCAUCUCUGUUUUACUGUUUCAUUCACUUACUACUUUAGUGCUUUCUCGGAAAGAAAUAAACACAUUAAUGUUAUCUUCAAAUGUGUAUCUCAUCUUGCUUAGUUGGACUGCCAUACCUUAAUACUACCUCCGUCCCGUUUAAAAAGGGACAAAUGAUUUUUUCACAUAUAUUAAAAAAACAUUAAUUAUUAUAGUGUUUUCUUAUUUUACCCCUAUUUAUGAUAGUGUUGUAUUUUGUGUAUAAACUUAUAGUCAUUAAUUAUGGAAAGAGAAAAGAGGGUAAAAAAAGAAAAUUCAUAUAAAUUGGCACAAAAAAUAUGAUAUAGCCUUCUUAAGUGGGACAAAUAAAAAUGGAAUAUGUCCCUUCUUAAAUGGGACGGAGGGAGUAUAAUUUAGUUACAAAAAGGUUAGAAAAAUUAUUUUUUUAUUCAAUUGGUUGUUGUUUUUUUGGAAGGUGAAAUUUUGGCUAGUAAACUAUGACUAGUGGGCAUUUAAUAGCUAUUAAAAAUCCUCAUUUCAUUUGACUAUACUAAUUUGUAAUAGGAAUGAUUAUUUAAUGAUGUAAUUGAUGUUGAAGAUCCUGCUAAUAAGGUGAUUUUGAAGAAAAAAAACAUUAGAUGAGCUAUUAAAUAAUCUUUGCUUACGUUUAAAACAAUUAAUAAUUAUCUUUGUGGAAGACUAACUGUUAAAUUAUUGAGCAUAAAAUGAUAUUCCCUUCAUUAGUAUUUGUAGAGAUUUCCUUCUUCACCUUGUACACUUAAGUUUCUAUUUUCUUGUUUCUUUAUGGCUUCUUCUUCUUCUCAACCUAAGAAAUAUGAUGUGUUCAUUAGUUUUAGAGGUGCUGAUAUCCGAGAUGGUUUUCUCAGCCAUCUCCAUAAAGCGUUGGUUGACGAAGGAAUCGAUGCUUUUGUGGAUGAAAACGUUGAAAGAGGAAAAUAUGUCUCAACUUCCCUUUGGGAAACGAUCGAGCAAUCUUAUAUUUCUCUAGUCAUUUUUUCGGAAAAUUAUGCAUUUUCGCCUUGGUGUUUGGAGGAGCUGGUGAAAAUUCUCCAUUGCAUGAAGGCUAUGGGACAAAUACUCAUACUGGUUUUUUAUAGAAUAGAUCCAACUCAUGUUCAAGAGCUGACCGAGAGUUAUGGUGUUGCAAUUGCUAAGCAUAAAGAUGAAUUGAAAGACUCCUUGGACGAGGUGGAGAAUUGGUGUCGAGUUUUGAAAGAAACAUCAGGAAUGUCAGGCUUGGUUUCUCAAGAUGUUAAGCAUGACUCUAUUCUUAUUGAGGAAAUUAAUGAACAUGUUAUAAAGAAUUUGGAAAGUUUGUAUCCACUUGAUUCUUGUAGGGACGAUUUAGUAGGAAUGGACUCACGGGUAAGCGAAGUUGAGUCAUUAUUAUGUCUUGAGUCGAUAGAUGUGCGAGUUGUAGGAAUUUGGGGAAUGGGUGGUAUUGGAAAGACCACAAUUGCUAACGAAGUGUUUAAUAAAAUUCGUCAUCAAUUUCCAAAUCAGUGCUUCAUUGAAAGGGUCAGGGAAAAGUUAGAAAGUUACACACCUGAUCGUUUACAGAGUGAAAUUCUUUCGGAAUUAUUGGAAACAAAAAAUUCAAAUACAGCUGCUCCCAUUUUGUUAUCACCUUUUAAUAGAAAACGACUUUCACGGAAAAAGGUUCUUCUUGUUCUUGAUGAUGUGAGUGAUUUUGAUCAAGUAGAACGGCUGAUUGGACAAGUUAAUUAUGGUCCAUGGAGUAGAAUUAUUAUGACAAGCAGAGACAAACAACUGCUGAAGAAUUGCGGUGCAGAAAUAUAUGAAGCUGAAAAAUUAUACGGGACGGAAAGUCUUUGGCUCUUUUGCUUGCAUGCUUUCAGGAAAAGUACUCCUGAAAAAGGAUAUGAAAUACUUUCAAGAAGUGCUGUGGAAUAUGCUCAAGGCCUUCCAUUAGCUCUUAAGGUUUUGGGUUCCAAUUUAUAUGGCAAAAGUAAGGAAGAGUGGGAAGAUGAACUGCAACAACUACAAAAUUUAUCGGAUGAUAGAAUUCAAAACAUACUCAAAAUAAGCUAUGAUGGACUAUCUUUGAAGGAUAAAGAAAAUUUCCUCGAUAUUGUUUUCCUUCUUAAAUCGGAUCUAUAUAGAAAUAUGGUUGAAAGUAUGUUGGACUUACCGGGUUCAAAAAUUGGAAUUAGCCGUCUCAUUGACAAAUGUCUCAUAUAUAUAUCAAAAAAUAAGUUGUAUAUGCAUGACUUGAUACAACAAAUGGGCAAGGAUAUUAUUUGCAGCGAAAACCAACUCGGCAAGCGUCGAAGGUUGUCGCAUCCUGAGGAUAUAUGUCAUGCAGUGAAACGGAUUAAGGGGGUUGAAACAAUUAGAGGUAUAUCACUAAACAUGUCAAAAAUUAAAGACGUGCAAUUCAGUCCUAAAGCAUUUGAGAAAAUGGAAAAUCUUAGAUAUCUCAUAUUCUAUGAUAAAAAUGAAGAGGAAGAGGAAGAGGAAGAAAACAAAAUACAUUUUUCAGAGCGCCUUGAGUCUGUGUCCGAUGAGCUAAGGUUUCUCCACUGGAGUGGAUGCCCUUUGGAAUCGCUGCCACUUAAUUUCAGCGCAGAAAAACUUGUUAAACUUGACAUGGUGGAGAGCAAACUUAAAGAACUAUGGAAACGAGUUCAGGAUCUUAAGAAUUUGAAAGAGAUUGAUCUAAGCAAUUCAAAGGAUCUAGUCAGAAUUCCAGAUUUAUCUAAAGCUGUAAACCUUGAAAUUCUGAUCUUAAAGGGCUGCAGUAGUUUGGUUGAGAUUCUGUCGUCUAUUAAUUAUUUGAGCAAGCUCACUCAUUUGGAUUUAUCCGAUUGUACAAGUCUUUGCAGCUUUCCAAGCUGCCUUCAUCUGGAAAAUCUUAAGCGUCUUGAUCUCAGCUAUUGCUCAGACAUUAGUGUGUUACCAAACAUUGAGUGCCAUCAACUUUCUUCAUUGUAUUUGACGGGGUGUGCUAAGCUAGAGAGUCUUCCGGACAGCAUUUGCAAUCUAAUAUUUCUUAAAGAAAUAUGUAUUGAUGGCUGUGAAAAUCUGCAUCGACUGCCCGAGAACUUGGGGAAUCUAGAGUCUCUAGUGACCCUUAGAGCAGAUGGAAGUGGUAUAAGAGAUUUACCAGACAGCAUUUGCCAUCUCAAGUCUAUUCAAACGCUAGAUUUCUCUGAUUGUAAAAAUCUAGUAGGAUUACCGGUGAAUUUGCUAAAUAAUUUAGAGUCUCUAGAGAAUUUGGAUUUAAGAGGUUGCACAUCAUUGAAAUCAUUAUCUCAGCCGGUGAAGAAACUCUACGAUGUUUCCCAAUUUAAUUUUCAAAAUUGCUUGAAUCUGGAAGAGGAGGAGCGUAAUAAACUGACGAACUGGCUAUUUGAAAGACCUUGGUUUGGUUCACACAACCUUGAGUUAUGUAUUCCCGGAAGUGAAGUGGAGCAGAGGAUGAAGUACAAAAAUAAGAAUGGAUCUUCACUGUCUUUCCAAUUUACACAAUUUGAGCGAUUGGGGGACCUUAGAGGGUUAUAUUUUUGUGCUGUUUUCAACCCCAGUUUGUUCAAUUCUUCUCCUUUAUCAUUUUCAGUUGGAUGUGAAAUUCUUAUAGACGGUACGCAUGCGGUUAUUAGACAAGGAUAUAUGUCGUUGAAUCGUCUGUAUCUCCGAUCAAAACACGUUUUUCUUUGGCGUGACAUAUUUAAACUUCCAGAUAACCCUCCUCUCGGUCAAAUAGACUUCGUAUUCUUCAUUUCUGACGCAUUUAAUUCAGAACUACGAUACGAUGGUGGAAUAAUCGAGUGUGGGGUGCAUCCACUAUUCUAUGAUGAGUUCAUUCCUCCGUCAUCUGGUAGUGAUGAUCGUUGGAUCUUCUAUAUUUAUCAAGAUGAGUUAGUUAAGUGUGUUAGUUAUGCUAGCUAGUUUUCCCGCUCAUUUUAUGCCAUGUUGGCAAUCCUUGUUUUCCUUUCUGUUUUAAUCAUCUGCCAUGUUGGCAAUUAGAUUAGGAUCACUGACAUGGCACAUGUCUUGUAUAUAUACUGAUUUGGAUGAUUAAUAAAACAAGUAGACUUUUUACCCCAAA